UUUCAGGGGAACCUGACAGAUCCAAUAUACAGUUUGGACCGGAGAGAUGAUACACACUCAGGGGUUCAUUGGAAGAAUAAGAUGAUCAAAGAUAGAAUGGAAUUCAAUCUUAUGCUGGAAUCUGAGAGACUCGGUGUUCUUAUAAUCAACAAAUUAAGGCCUGAGGACCAAAGUGUAUACAGAUGCCGAGUAGACUAUAAAGAUUUCCCGUCUGUUCAGUCUACCAUUAAUCUAACAGUUCUAGUUCCUCCUGAGAAACAUAUUCUGAUGGAGGCUGAACAGCAUAGUAUCCCUGGGGGCCGUCCUCCACAUUACGACCUCGGAGCAGGACCUCCAAGUGAUGACCUUGGAUCAGGACCUCCAAGUGAUGUAGUCGGAGAUCUCAAUCUAAAAGUUGAAAACUCUAAGAUACUUUCAAAUUCUUUGGGAAAAUCUUUAGUCAUGAUCUGCAAAGUUAAAGGAGGAAGCCCAGUGCCUUCUCUAACAUGGUUGUGGAAUAAACAGAAUAUAGAGGGAGUCAAUCAGGCAACCAGAUUUAGGGUUGAAAAUCAAGAUCAAAUAGGAAAAUAUUCACAAAUUUAUUUUAUGAUUUUAUGA